AUGGAGAAGGUGUUCGUCGUGCUGCCGGCAGAGUUCAAGGUGGGGCAGUCCACGCUGUCAUGGGUUCUCGAUCAUUUCGGCGGCAGCAGAACCACGGUUGUGAUCACACAUGUGCAUGUCCCGCCACAUAUGAUUCCAGUGAUGGGAGUUAAAUUCCACUCUAGUAAACUGAGUCCGGAGCAAGUCAAACUGUUCAGAAGGAUCGAGUAUGAGAAGGUGGACAGACAGCUAGACGGCUAUGUUCAUCAAUGUUCAAAAAUGAAGGUCAAAUGUGAGAAACUCGUUUUUGAGAAGGAAGACGUUGUAGCCGGUCUGGUUGAACUCAUUGUCUUGCAUAAAGUCACUAAGCUAGUUAUUUCAGGUGCUGCAGACAGGCAAUAUUCAAGGGGUGAGGAAGAGGAGAUUGCACCAUCAGCCACGCCUUUUCUCCCUGAUUUUGAUCACCAAGCUCUGCAGUUAGUACCUUACCAGAAAGAGGACGACGUUAAGUCGGAGUUGGGGUUUUACGAUGAGCUCAAAGAGGCAUGCAUAGCAGCUGAGAACUUGAUGAAGAGAGCCCUAAGCGAAUCUUCCAGGCGCCAAAAGGCAGACGGAGAAGUGGCCUCUGCUCUUCAGAAAGCAAAGGAAUACCAGGAAUUGUUCUUAGAGGAGGCGAGAAAGCGUGAAGAGCUUGAAGGAGCUCUUGCAAGAGCACACCGAGAGAUCGCGCGGUUAAGGCAAGCAAACCAGGUACCCCUGGAUGAGCAAAACACAGCAACAGACAAACUCCAAGAGGCAAUGUCAGAGAGAUCGUCCCUGGAAGGCCACAUCUUCAACAUGGAUGCCGUUUUUGGGACAGCCGCCGGUCAAGCAACUGAGCAACAGCAGAAGGAGCAUGUCCAGAUACAAAUCGAUCUGGGCACCGGUGAAAGGGACCUGGAGCUGGAGGUGGAAGCGCCGCUCAACCAGAGCAAGCUGGCCGCGUUCUCGCCGUCGUCCGUCAUUCAGUCGCCCUACGACGAAGUCUGCGUCCCAUCCUACUUCCUCUGCCCGAUCCUUCAGGAGCCCAUGAGGGAUCCCCACGUCGCGGCAGACGGGUUCACCUACGAGGGCGACGCCAUCAGAGGCUGGCUGGACGGAGGGAACGACGCGUCCCCCGUGACCGGGCAGCCGCUUGCGCACCGGGAGCUGCCACCGAAUCUCGCGCUUGGUGCCGUGAUCCAAGAUUACACGAUGAUGAAGCGGCAGCAGCACCGAUUCGGCGAUUCGCAUGACACCGUUGCUGCGCUUCAAUUCUUUUCCUCUCCUGUGGGCAGUGAGCGGUGA